AGCUUUCCUGCACCUGAGGCCGCCGGCCAGCCGCCGCCAUGGGUGCCUACCUCUCCCAGCCCAACACGGUGAAGUGCUCCGGGGACGGGGUCGGCGCCCCGCGCCUGCCGCUGCCCUACGGCUUCUCCGCCAUGCAAGGCUGGCGCGUCUCCAUGGAGGAUGCUCACAACUGUAUUCCUGAGCUGGACAGUGAGACAGCCAUGUUUUCUGUCUACGAUGGACAUGGAGGGGAGGAAGUUGCCUUGUACUGUGCCAAAUAUCUUCCUGAUAUCAUCAAAGAUCAGAAGGCCUACAAGGAAGGCAAGCUACAGAAGGCUUUAGAAGAUGCCUUCUUGGCUAUUGAUGCCAAAUUGACCACUGAAGAAGUCAUUAAAGAGCUGGCACAGAUUGCAGGGCGACCCACUGAGGAUGAAGAUGAAAAAGAAAAAGUAGCUGAUGAAGAUGAUGUGGACAAUGAGGAGGCUGCACUGCUGCAUGAAGAGGCUACCAUGACUAUUGAAGAGCUGCUGACACGCUACGGGCAGAACUGUCACAAGGGCCCUCCCCACAGCAAAUCUGGAGGUGGGACAGGCGAGGAACCAGGGUCCCAGGGCCUCAAUGGGGAGGCAGGACCUGAGGACUCAACUAGGGAAACUCCUUCACAAGAAAAUGGCCCCACAGCCAAGGCCUACACAGGCUUUUCCUCCAACUCGGAACGUGGGACUGAGGCAGGCCAAGUUGGUGAGCCUGGCAUUCCCACUGGUGAGGCUGGGCCUUCCUGCUCUUCAGCCUCUGACAAGCUGCCUCGAGUUGCUAAGUCCAAGUUCUUUGAGGACAGUGAGGAUGAGUCAGAUGAGGCGGAGGAAGAAGAGGAAGACAGUGAGGAAUGCAGCGAGGAAGAGGAUGGCUACAGCAGUGAGGAGGCAGAGAAUGAGGAAGAUGAGGAUGACACCGAGGAGGCUGAAGAGGACGAUGAAGAAGAAGAAGAAGAGAUGAUGGUGCCAGGGAUGGAAGGCAAAGAGGAGCCUGGCUCUGACAGUGGUACAACAGCGGUGGUGGCCCUGAUACGAGGGAAGCAGUUGAUUGUAGCCAACGCAGGAGACUCUCGCUGUGUGGUAUCUGAGGCUGGCAAAGCUUUAGACAUGUCCUAUGAUCACAAACCAGAGGAUGAAGUAGAACUAGCACGCAUCAAGAAUGCUGGUGGCAAGGUCACCAUGGAUGGGCGAGUCAACGGGGGCCUCAACCUCUCCAGAGCCAUUGGGGACCACUUCUAUAAGAGAAACAAGAACCUGCCACCUGAGGAACAGAUGAUUUCAGCCCUUCCUGACAUCAAGGUGCUGACUCUCACUGACGACCAUGAAUUCAUGGUCAUUGCCUGUGAUGGCAUCUGGAAUGUGAUGAGCAGCCAGGAAGUUGUAGAUUUCAUUCAAUCAAAGAUCAGCCAGCGUGAUGAAAAUGGGGAGCUUCGGUUAUUGUCAUCCAUUGUGGAAGAGCUGCUGGAUCAGUGCCUGGCACCAGACACUUCUGGGGAUGGUACAGGGUGUGACAACAUGACCUGCAUCAUCAUUUGCUUCAAGCCCCGAAACACAGCAGAGCUCCAGCCAGAGAGUGGCAAGCGAAAACUAGAGGAGGUGCUCUCUACUGAGGGGGCUGAAGAAAAUGGCAACAGCGACAAGAAGAAGAAGGCCAAGCGGGACUAGCAGUCAUCCAGACCCCUGCCCACCUAGACUGUUUUCUGAGCCCUCCGGACCUGAGACUGAGUUUUGUCUUUUUCCUUUAGCCUUAGCAGUGGGUAUGAGGUGUGCAGGGGGAGCUGGGUGGCUUCACUCCGCCCAUUCCAAAGAGGGCUCUCCCUCCACACUGCAGCCGGGAGCCUCUGCUGUCCUCCCCAGCCGCCUCUGCUCCUCGGGCUCAUCACCGGUUCUGUGCCUGUGCUCUGUUGUGUUGGAGGGAAGGACUGGCGGUUCUGGUUUUUACUCUGUGAACACUUUAUUUAAGGACAUUCUUUUUUAUUGGCGGCUCCAUGGCCCUCGGCCGCUUGCACCCGCUCUCUGUUGUACACUUUCAAUCAACACUUUUUCAGACUAAAGGCCAAAACCUAA